AUGACCGCCUACGGGAUGACGGGCUACGUCCGCCGGCUCGACGAGGACCGAGUCGUCAAGGUGGCAAAGACAUACUCGCUGGACCAUCAUGUCGGAACGCCGGCCUUUGAUGACACGGAGUGUAUAAACGAGGUCAACCGCAAGACACUCGAGAACGAGGUCGCCAUCUACCGGCGGCUGGUUGCUUUCGCGAAACAGGGCGACCUGGAAGACUACAUCAAAUCUGCGCCUGAGCCACCGGGGCCCUUGAAGGUCGACUGGAUUCUAUCCAUCAUCGAUGCAUUCUCUUACAUCCAUUCCCGAAGAGUCUUGGUGGACGACAUUGCCCUCCGGAACAUCUUGGUCAGCGAUGGACAGCUCAAACUGGCAGAUUUGGGCCAGUCUAUACUGUUACUCAUGUCGACAAGUAUGGACACGGUCUGCCACAGAGAACCUUUUCUGUCGGACCGGUGCUGGCGUGGAUAG